AAUAGACCGCUGGACAUGCCAUCCAAUGCUUCACCUCCAACACAGUCAGAAAACUCAGACAGACGUAAAGUGGGUUUUCACCAUGCAGCUCACCUGGGUUUUAAUUUGCUUUGUGUUGUCCGUGAAAACCAUCUCAGCUGCAGAAUGGUGCUACCAGUCACAGGUUAGCUGCAACAGCACCUGUCUAGGUCCAGAUGCACGGCAAAAAAUUUCUCAACAAUGCGGUGGCAGUUGUCAGUCUCCAGUGAACAUUGUGACGAAGAAAACGGUCAAAGACAAACGCCUAACUCCGCUUCAGUUUGUCAACUAUCAUAAGGCGUCUACCGUCACCUUCAUAAACAACGGUCACACUGUUCAGCUGGACUUGCCUCCUGGUAUUGUGAUCAGUGGAGGACACUUGGCUGCAAAUUACAAAGCCAUUCAGCUCCAUCUGCACUGGGGCAAGAACGGCUCAUCUGGAUCCGAACACACCCUUGAUGGAGAGAAGUUUCCCAUGGAGAUGCACAUUGUCCACAUCAAAGAAGGUUACAACUCUUUGUCCCAGGCUGUGAAGGACCCCACUGGUAUUGCAGUUCUUGGAUUUUUCUUUCAGGAGUCUCUAUCUGAGAAUAAGAAGUACACUCCCCUGGUUGACGCUCUGAAGCAAAUCAUUAAACCCACCAGUAAUGCCACACUGCCAGACAUCUCCCUGGAAAUGCUUAUUCCUCCUCUGAGCAGCUUGAAUAAAUACUUCCGCUACAACGGCUCCCUCACGACCCCCAACUGCAAUGAAGCUGUCGUCUGGACGCUAUUUGAAAGCACCAUUCCUCUGAGCAGGAGUCAGGUCUCUGCAUUCUGCCAGCUUCACUUUCCCGAUGGGAGAGAAAUGAUUCAGAUCUACAGGCCAGUGCAGCCUUUGAACAGCAGGCUUGUGUUGUACUCUAAAGGAAACGCUUCCCUGGUCAGCUGGGUGCUGCUGGUCAUGUCGGUGCUGCUUUCCACAGUCUGGACAAAAGCUUUGUUUCACGCAGACGCCGUUGAGAAAUGUGAAUGACUAUUACAAUUCUUUAUAGAGGAACUGAACGGAUUAUAUAUUAAGGCUAAAAGCUUCUCGUCUAAAUAUUUACUGACAUUUUCAGAAAUCAGAGUGCGAUUAUGGUUGUAAAGUUGCACAUUAAAGAUCAUGGUAAUUUAUUUC